AUCAUUCGACGAUCUUCGUCUCUCUCUCACUCACUCACUCUCUCUCUCUCUCUCAGACUGAAAAUAGAUCCAGCUGGGUUUGGCUCGGCUCGGCUCGGCUUGGUUCGGUCAGCUCGGUUUGAUCAUUCAUCGAUUCUCUCUCUCUCUCUCUUUUUGUUUUGUUUUUUUUCGAUUUCAACCUCCACAAUAAAAGAAACAAACACAAACUAACGGACGGAUAUCGACGCCUGGCGACCGUUAGACGGAGGAUUUACCGCCAUUUCUUCGCUUCGUUUACAAACAUUUGAAUUUGAACCUUAGUUCGUCUGCCGUGUUCCCACACUGACGUGAUGUCUGUCGCGGGCUUGAAGAAGCAGUUCCAUAAAGCCACACAGAAAGUCAGCGAGAAGGUUGGAGGUGCAGAAGGAACCAAGCUAGACGAUGACUUCAAAGAAAUGGAGAAGAAGGUGGACAUCACCAGCAGAGCAGUGUUGGACAUCAUGACCAAAACUACAGAAUACCUACAACCUAAUCCAGCGUCCAGAGCCAAGCUGAGUAUGAUCAACACUAUGUCAAAGAUCCGUGGGCAGGACAAGGGACCUGGUUACCCACAGGCCGAGUCCGUCCUGGGCGACGCCAUGUUGAAGUUUGGAAGGGAGUUAGGGGAGGAGUCCACCUUCGGUAUGGCACUGAUCGAUGCCAGUGAGGCGAUGAAGGAGCUCGGAGAGGUGAAGGAUGCUCUGGACAUGGAGGUCAAACAGAACUUCAUCGACCCGCUGCAGAACCUCCACGACAAAGACCUAAAAGAGAUACAACAUCAUUUGAAGAAGAUGGAGGGCCGCCGUCUGGACUUCGACUACAAGAAGAAGCGUCAGGGGAAAGUCCAGGACGAUGAAAUCAAACAGGCGCUGGAGAAGUUUGACGAGAGCAAAGAGAUCGCAGAGCAGAGCAUGUUUAACCUGCUGGAGAGCGAUAUAGAGCAGGUGAGCCAGCUGGCAGCGUUGGUUCAAGCUCAGUUGGAAUACCACAGCCGCUCCGCCGAAAUCCUCCAACAGCUCUCCAGCAAGAUGGAGGACAGGAUAAAAGAAGUGUCCAGUAAACCCAGAAAGGAGUACGCUCCAAAACCCAGAAUGACCCUGGAGCUGCUGCCCCCCAGCGAGAGCCACAAUGGAGGGAUACACUCUGCCAAAUCGCCCGGAAGAUCACCAGCCCCCAUGGACCAGCCCUGCUGCCGAGCACUUUACGACUUUGAACCAGAGAACGAAGGCGAGUUGGGCUUCAAAGAGGGCGACGUCAUCACCCUGACCAACCAGAUCGACGACAACUGGUACGAGGGCAUGAUCAAUGGCCAGUCGGGCUUCUUCCCCAUCAACUACGUGGAUAUCCUGGUGCCGCUCCCUCAUUAGGGUCCCACGAAAUGACCUGACCCUUACCCCCGACCAAUCCAGACACCCCGAAAACAGCCUGUAUUUGCGUUUAAAAACAACAAACCACGCUCCUCCUUCUACUCCUUCUUCUUCUUCUGUGCUUCUGUGCGAUUCUGCUUUCACAAAACGGACUGAAACGACGAAACGGGCGUGGCAGUUUGAACAGUGGUUAGAGGAGAGAGCUGCAGAAGAGAGGGAGAAGAGAGGGACUGACUGAGACGAGAAGACGAAGAGAUGGCGAUCUUUUACAGCGCAGUGCUCUCACACUGUAAUGCUCUGCUCGGCCGGGCACCACUGGAUACCAAUGAGGCUUCAGAGACUUACGAAAUAAGGCACGGUGUAUAUGUACGUGCAUGUAUGUGUCUGUAUGUGCGUUUCGAUCUGUUCUUACUCUAUUAUGAUCAAGCCAGCACAAAUUCCUGCUCGUCAGUUUAAACUGCCCGACAGCUUUUUUGUGAUACUGUCUUCUCUUCAUAGGUUUCUUGCUGUCGUUACUCUCAAAAGUACUUCUGUCUUUUCUACCUUGACUUGCCUUCCUGUGCUUUUCUAUAGGCCUACAUUUCUUAACACUUUCUGUCUUUCUUGGUUCCUUCCCUCCUUGACUAGCACUGCCUCUUAGCAUGGCUCCAUACCUCUUAACGCCUUGCUUUUGUUUUGGGUAUAUCUUGUAACAGACUUCCUCAGAGUCUGCAUCCAAUCUCAGCUCAGCGGCUGUAUGCAUGAAACCAGCGAAAAUCUAAAAGUUUGGUUGAUGAGACGGCAGUGAAAUAUUCAAAGGUGCAUCUUGGUAAUGAACCCGUAUCUGCAAUAAGUAGAUUUUUGAUUGAACUCUCUUUAUGUUUCUGAGGGGAGUUUUCGCAGGUCUUAAAGGUUUAAAGGAAACUUGCAUCAGUGCAAGUGAUGAAGGAAAGAAGAUUAUGUGAUUUCUGGGACAGCAGCGAUACACUACCACAACCAGCACAGGCCAGUUGUAUUGAGCAGAACUUCUCACCAGGUUGGCGCACAGAUAAGUCAUGGGUUAUUACAGCAAGCAUCAAGGACAAAAAUGCUUGUUUUCUUUGUGUGAAGUUACCCGUUCACAGUGUUUUGUGUGUACCGUGUGGAGUAGAUGCUUGUUGAUUCGUCCUAUUUGUGGCUUUUGCAUGCAAGACUGUGUGAACAGUGGUAGUCAUUCUGAAAUUAUUGUUUCAACAUGAAUGAUGCUAAGUGUGUCCUUAAUGCAACAAAAUAUCCUACGUUUCCCAGUGUACUUAACACCACUAGACGUGCUACAACUCAAAUUUCAGGACAUUUUUGAGGUCUUGGAGUCAUUAAACAUCUCGUUCCACUGAAGAUGAACUUCUUCAACCAGAGCGCAGUUCAGAGCAAUGAUUCAAGACAAAAUCCAGCAAGGUGAACUGGCCCGUUGACUCGACUCAAGCUGGACAGUGGCGCCGCUUGCAACUCAGUCUUGUCAAGUCGCCGGUGGCUGUUUUAGAACUUUUAGGACGUCACCAGUUUCAACAACCAACAACGUGGUGCUGUUAGCAGCGUCUUCAUGGGAAGGUGCUAACUAAAAUAGCUUAGAAAGUUAACAAUGUCAGUUUCAAAUCCAGCUUUAAAAAGUACAAAGAGUUUUUGACCAUCUUGCCUAGUUCUCGGCAUGAAUCUUUGGUCUGAACUGAGCUUUUACAAUGACUAAACGUCAUCGAAACUCAACAGCAUUCAUGCGGUCAGUAUUGGAGGUAACUAUCAGCCGUGUUAGUUCCCUUGUGUAUUCACCACAUGUAGUAUAAAUGGGACUUGUUCAAUGGCCACCAAAGUGCUACCUACAUUACUACAUGUGCGUAUGUAUUAGCAGUAAUGUUUAUAUGGCAGUAUUAAGGCUUUGACUCUGACAAAGACCUUGUGAAAAAGGUUGUUAUUUAUUGUUAAAGGCUCUUUAACAAUUCAACUCUUUAUUGCUGAUGUUAGAUUGACGAAUCAACCGUUUGCGGGCAACAGAAACAAUCAGUUCAUGUCAAACAUUCGUAAAAAACAAACAGAGUAGAAUAUUUUUUAAUAUCCUGUUACUUAUUUUAGUCACAGUUACAGGCCGAAUCAUGAAGUUUGGCACUUGUUGACUGUUGCUAGCUACAACAAUCGACAGACAACUCCAUUUGACUCUUCAGCAAUGGAAACGUUCACACGAUGUUAGUACAGAUCUGUUCUUGUGUUUUGUUGGUCUGUUACGAAAACGUAAGACUGGAGAACUUUUAAUAUUAUAUUCAAGGCAUGCUGGGAUGGACUUUCAGUAUGGUGCUGGGUUUAUAUCGACUCCAUUGUACAUAACAAAAGCUAAAUAGUGUCAAAGAGGCUGUCCUACAUCCAGGCCUUCUCUUCUUUUUGAAAAAUAAAACAGAAAUUCAACAGAUAUCUUUAAUUAUCUUUUCUAUCCAGGCAUUAUUUAUUACGUCGUCAAACAGCAGCAGGAAUCUGUGCUAGCAUGGCUUAUACUAUAAUAUGCCAGAUGUGGUUAACCAGCUAGCCUUUCACUUCACAUUCCCGUAAUCACGCUUUUUUUUUUUUUUUUUUUUGUGAUGCAGUGUUGAGCAGAAUACUGAAAAGUUUAAAAAUAUAUAAUAAUGUAUACAUUUUUGUAGUACAACCCACCCUGUGGUGAUGUGUUGCAGUGUCAGUACAAGUAAGACAUUUAUCCGAGGCGCAUUGUUGUCGUGUCUCUUCUUGAUGAGUCGGUUGACAAUAGUAAUAAUUUAUCAGGUUUCGUAGCGGAGAUAUCAAAUAUUUAGUUGGACUGGAAAGCUAUAACAGUGUUUUGGACACAGAAACUGCAUUUUAAACCAUUGAAUAGGCAAUAAAUGAUCAAUAAUAACAAUAAAAUGUAAUAUUUCAAUAAGAGGAAGAGAUGUCUCUGAAGGAAAAUCUAUCUAUCUAUCUAUCUAUCUAUCUAUCUAUCUAUCUAUCUAUCUAUCUAUCUAUCUAUCUAUCUAUCUAUCGAGCUUACACAUCUCUUCCAUUGCCAAAGCACAUAUGUGACAGCAACAAUCACAAACAGAGUAAAUCUAACUGUAGGUACUAACUCUUUCUUUUAUUCUCCCUCUGCCACAUGGCCUGCUUCUUCUCUAACUGUUACAGGUUUGUUGUAAAAGACGGGGAUUCGGAGCACAGCUGUGUUCUUUGUUUUGUCUUUUUAUUUUUGUGUGUGUUCAGAGUCCGGAGCUGUUUUUGUUUUUUUUCUUUUUCUUUUCUGAGUCCGCCUGUGGAAAAGUCUGUGAGCUGCAUGCAACUGAACUGCUUCACGUCCGCUGUUUCCAAAAAAUUGUUUAAAAAAAGGGAGAUAUUUCGUCCUGCUGGCUUUUCUCGCGCUGCAGUGAGCAUACGUUAAAGGAUACCUUUCAUUUUCUACUGUCUUCUUUUUAUUCCUUUGACUCAGUUAAGCUAUAUUUGUAUAGCACUCCUCUUCAAAUUAUAAAGUGCUUUAAGACUUUUUUGAGUAUUACCUAUGUUUUUAUUCGUUUUUCUUCUUUUAUUUCUGUUUUCUUUUGUGCUGAUUUGCCCUCUAUGGCGACAUGUAUUCUAACCUCAAUGAGGGACUUGUACAGUGUUACACUCCAUUUUCCCUUUUCACCUAAAUGAGGGUCGGACCUCGGCCAUGUUACCUGACUUUAAUUUUAAACAUCGCCCAUCGUCAGAUUGUCAGAUUAAGUCGGACUGUCUUCACGUAGCAGCUCUGAAAGCAGAAAUAUUCUCAAUGGUUCGGCUAAACUUUAAAGAAUUUAUGUUCUAAUGAAAAAAUCAAGACAGGGAAACUAUGUCAAUCGCCAUUAUUUCUCAUUUUAAGGACAUUUUAAGAGGUUGUUGUUAAAGUUCAAGAACAAUUUUUAAGUAUCUUUGAUUGCCAAAGUAAUCGAAUAUAAAUACUUUACAUUUAGGAAAAAAGUGAUUAAAAUAAUUUGUUUUCUUUAUUUAGGCCCCACCCACUGGUGUUUAAGUGGACCAAUGAGAUUACUUCUGGUUGGCUGCUUUGGCUUUAAAGAAAACAAAGUCUGCAGUAUGAAUCCUUGCAGUGUAAUAAUGUGGCCGUGGUCCGACCUGUGACUGUGUUAACAUUAAUACUGUAUGCCUUGUGGCUGUAUAAAUAGCCUAUGGAACCUGGUGUCUUCUGGUGGGCUACGUGUGUGUGUGUGUGCGUUUAUACACACCGUGUUGCUAUUUAUUUAUGUAUUGUACGUAUUCAUUUGAUUAUUUAUUUAUUUAUUUAUUUAUUUAUUCCUGCGUCCUAUUUAUUGGUUCGGCACCUGUGGCGUAUUUGACGAUUGUCAAUACAUGAUGUGGCGGCUAGGGGAGGGUAGGGGGUAAAUGAAGGGAUGGGAGGGGGGUAUUUCUGAGGGGGUCUGGGGCAGGGGGGGCGUGGUCGAUGGAAAAACCUAGCUGUGAUACUAACUCUAACUGUUGCUCUCCUCGUAUUGGAUGAUGAUAUAAUCUAAGACCACUGUAUGUAUAACUGCUUGUCGUGAAGAUGAACUACAAUGUAAUGACAAUUAAAAAAUAACACUAUGAUGACA